AGCUGGUUAAACAAAAUGGAAAUUGAUUCUGUGUUUGUUAUCCCUUGCAGGUACAAGAUAAAAAAAAAUGAGGAGAACGUGGAGGAAGCAGUACCAGUCUCAGAGUGCUCCCCACAUACCCCGGAUUCAAGUCCCUGCUUCUGCCGUGGACAAUUCAUUACUGAAGGACCUAAAUCAAGGGCAGCGGUGCUACUUCUACAGCAUCAUGAAAAUUUAUGAUUCCAGGCCCCAGUGGAAGGCCCUGCAGACCCGCUACAUUCACAGCCUUGGGUACCAGCAGCAGCUGGGUUACAUCACUCGCCAGGAGGCCUUGUCAUGUGCUGCUGUCCUUAGACACUCAACCACAAAAGCCUCAGGCUUGGCAGCUCCUGGGAGGACUGUUCCCCCAAAGUCUUCAGCCAAGCAAAGAAAGAGUCAACCAGCAAGACCAGGGUUUAGUGUUGGACCCAAGGUCCCCAGCAUAUCACGCCGAACGUCAAGACCCAAGACUGUGCGUAGUCUCUGAAAUGGGCAGCUCAUCUCUCUCUUCUUGGCAUUUUAGUGGAUGCUUGGUAUGUGCUUGUUAAAUGGUGAUGAAUAAAAGAAUACUAAUACAAACUCUAGACCUACAAAUAAUCCCUUCACCGUGUAAAUGUUUCCAAUAAGAACAAGAUGGAAGAUGUAAAUGCUAUUGAAUCAAGAAUAAGCAAGCUUUACCAUAUAUUGUCUGUAAAAAUAAAGAGACUUUCAAAGCUUUCAAAUUAAAAGCUUCC